AAACUACUUGGACACUUUUUAUUUUUUUUCUCAAUUAGAAAAUUAUGAUCUCUCACAAAUACUCGCUAUAUAUAGGCACAUGAGAUGUCUCUUCCCUCUGCAACUUUCUCAAGCUUUCUUCCUCCUCUUUUUGCCUUUACUUCACACACACAUAUACUUUCAUAACUAUACAAGUUUAAUUUGUUUGCACAUUAUUUUAUUUUAAUUUGAUACAUCAACCAUGUCUAAAGCCACAACAAGCACCAUUCUUUUGCUCUUGCUGUUUGCUUCUCUAUCCCAUGCAGCUAAGGUCUCCAUCAUCAAAUUCGAAGAAGAUAGGAUAAUUCGAAAAUCGAAAUGGAGGCGUGAAGAGGAGGUUAAGGACAUAUUCGAAUGGUGGAUGAAAAAGCAUGGAAAAACAUACAGUAGUAAUGGUUUGGAAAUAGAAAAGAAGAGGAGGUUCGAGAUUUUUAAGGAUAAUUUAAAGUUUAUUGAUGAACACAACUCGGGUAAUCAUAGUUAUAGGGUGGGUUUGAACAAGUUUGCUGAUCUGAGUAAUGAGGAGUACAGGUCCAUUUAUCUGGGCACCAGGACGGAUGCUAAACGUAGGUUUGCAAAGUCUCAAAAUGGCGCGAUCAGCAACCGUUAUGCUGUCAAGAUUGGUGAGGAUGGCAUGUUGCCUGAAUCUGUGGAUUGGAGGAAGAGGGGUGCUGUCACUCCUAUUAAAGAUCAAGGAAGCUGCGGGAGUUGCUGGGCAUUUUCGACAGUGGCAGCAGUGGAAGGAAUUAACAAAAUAGUGACAGGAGAGCUUAUUUCAUUAUCUGAGCAAGAGCUGGUGGAUUGUGACAAAUCCUAUAACCUUGGAUGCAGUGGAGGUUUGAUGGACUAUGCUUUUGAGUUCAUCGUUUCUAAUGGUGGCAUGGAUACUGAAGAUGACUACCCUUACCGUGGUGUUGAUUUGAAGUGUGAUCCUGCCCGGAAGAAUUCAAAGGUUGUAAGCAUAGAUGGAUAUGAAGAUGUUCCAGUCAAUAACGAGAAAGCAUUGAAAAAGGCCGUGGCACAUCAACCUGUUAGCGUUGCUAUAGAAGCCGCGGGCAGAGGACUACAACUCUAUACCUCUGGAAUAUUUAGUGGAACAUGCGGUACUGCAUUAGAUCACGGAGUAGUUGUGGUUGGUUAUGGUAGAGAAGAUGGAAAAGAUUACUGGCUGGUGAGGAACUCCUGGGGCACCCAUUGGGGCGAAAACGGAUACUUCAAAAUGGAGCGUAAUGUGGCUGAUACAUCCGCCGGCAAGUGUGGAAUUGCGAUGCAGCCUUCUUACCCGACCAAGAAAGCCGAAGCUCAAGGCCAGGCCAGGGGUGAAAUAAGACUAGGACAAGUUAUAAGCAGCUCUUACCAAUCAAAGGAACAAUACAACAAUAUUCUUCCUAUGCUUUUCAUUUAGUACAUGUAAACUUUCCUGGGUGAUCUGCAUUUAUUGUUUGAUGAACAUGUUUGUUAUUGAUAUCAUUCGGAUAAUCAAUUUAGCAUACAUAAUCUUCCAAUUGUCGAACGAUUUGUGACUGAAAAAUAAUUGUGAUUCUGAUAUCAUCGAAAUGGGCUUUUAUGU